GAGAAGAGGAGGGGGAGGUGAGGGGUGGUAAAGAGGUGGUGAGGGGUGGUGAGGUGGUGAGGAGGUGGUGAGGAGAUGAGGGAGAGAAGAGGAGCAGGCGGCCACAGCGAGACGCAGCGAGGAGGAGGAGACAAAAUGAUCUCCGAGGGCUCCGCCAAGAUCCUGUGCCCGGUGUGCAACUGGGUGCUGGUGAGCCCGUCGGCGCUCGAGGACCACAUGAAGCAGCACGGCAAGUCGGCCGUCUACCGCUGCGACGAGUGCCCCUACACGGCCGACAAGCCGGGCGUCCUCGUCAGCCACCGGCGCACGCACACCGGCGAGCGGCCGUACCGAUGCGGCGUGUGCGCCAAGGCGUUCCGCGUUCUCGGCAACCUUCGCAGCCACCAGCGCAUCCACACAGGCGAGAAGCCCUACAAGUGCACCGUGUGCUGGAAGGAGUUCCGCGAGGCGGGCAUGUUGCGCACGCACCAGCGCACGCACACCGGCGAAAAGCCCUACCGCUGUGGCGUGUGCGGACGGGCGUUCGCGCACACGGGGACGUUGAGCCGGCACAACAACACGCACGCGAUGCGGGCGCCGAGCUCCAACGCCGAAGACGCCGCCGAGGACGAGGACGCCGAAGACGCCGCAGCCGCCGCAGACGCCGAAGAAGAAGAAGAAGACUCGGAUGACGUCGUCGUAGGAUGAGUGGCAACCGACCGGAGGGGGGGGCGGGGGCGGCUUGCGAGGGCGCGGAAUCGAGGGAUCGCCCUCGCACCCGGCUCGGCACGCGGAGAAAAAUAGAUUCAUCCCCCACCGUGCUUUUAAGGGAGGGUGCGGUCCGAUUUUGGCACGGUCGGUGGCUACGUACGGUGCGAAAGAAGUGCCACGUACUUGCAUCUCGGCCGCCUGGUGCUCCGAGGGCAGUCCCGAGCCAGGCGAGGUCGUUGGAACUUUUUUCCCACCCGCGGAAAGCGUAGAGAGGGCCGCGCCGCCGGGUUGGCGGAGUAGCCGCCGCCGCGUGCUCGCCCGCGUAACCGUGCCGGGGCGUCACGUGCCGGCGUUGCUGACGAUCGCGUCAUUCUGCGCCCCCCCCUCCCAGCGACGUUAUCACGGUUUGGUUCUGGCUCGGGUCGGCAAAUAUACCAGUGGGAAAAAGAAAAAAAACCCAUAACGUGCGCUGGCUCGGUUCGGAUAUCGCCAGUGGAAAAAAAACACCCGUACUGGCUCGGUUCGGUUCGGAUGUCGCCAGUGGAAAAAAAACACCCGUACCGUGCUGGCUCGGUUCUGAUGUCGCCAGUGGAAAAAACAAACCCGUACCGCGCUGGCCCCGCGCUGGCUCAGUUCGGAUGUCGCCAGUGGAAAAGGGGGUUUAAUAUACAUUUGACGUGUACACAUUUGCCACCAGUGAAUUUGUUUCAAACGAACAAUGGCUCAACGCUCCCUGUACGACAUGCAGGUCUGCGGGUGCGUUCCAGGUGAUCCCACGCACGCGUCAGUUAGAGGCCCCCCCCCACCGCGUUUUCUGACCGUGCCCGUCGGCUUCCUGUUCGCCGAACGAACGGACGGCAGCGUCGUCGUAAGGCAGGGGCUGGGGAACCUUUGCUCUGCCAACGGCCAAUUGGAUAUUUAUACAGUAACAUCAUUCGCGGGCCGUACAAAAUUAUCAACUUAAAAAUUAGCCCGUGAGAUUUGGUCAAACGUCUAAUUAACUCGCCCCUAACGCGAUGGGCUGUAACUGCUUCUCUUUGGCGAGUCGUGGUGAUGUUAGCUGGCUAUUGAUGAUGUCGCUGCUACUCGCAACUGCUUUUCCAGGUUUGCUCCGAGAUUUGUUGAAUUUCGAGUCCCGCCUGCGGUUGCCUUGGCAGGGCCAGACCCAGACGAUUUCGCGGGCCUCGUACGAUCCCCACCCCUGUCGUAAGGCCACCGUGCUCAUCGCCACAGAUUGAACCGUGAUACCUCGCCGCCGAUUUCGUCGAGGAGCAUAAACCAUCAUCACAGCGGUCACCGCGUCGUCGCGCGGCGCUGUCAGGUUAGCUCCUGCGGCCGUCUGGAACGCUCUUCUUUCCGAAACCAGGAAGCCGACGGGAGCCGCGCUCUUUUAAAUCAACGUCAUCUAGAUUGACAAACUCACUUCUUUAAAGCUGCUUGUUGUGGUUGUUGUUGUGUUAGUUUGUUGUCCUUGUCCCCGCACCUCCGAUUAGCGCGGUUGACUACCUGCGGUGAAAUAUAAAUUGUUCAUACAAACUACUACACACUACUACAAAAUACUACAAACUACUACACACUACUACACACUACUACACACUACUACAAACUACUACACACUACUACACACUACUACACACUACUACACACUACUACAAACUACUACACACUACUACACACUACUACAAACUACUACACACUACUACAUACUACUAUACACUACUACACACUACUACACACUACUACACACUACUACAAACUACUACACGCUACUACACGCUACUACACGCUACUACAAGCUACUACACGCUACUAUACACUACUACACACUACUAUACACUACUACACACUACUACACACUACUACACGCUACUAUAUACUACUACACGCUACUAUAUACUACUACACGCUACUACACACUACUACACGCUACUACAAGCUACUACACACUACUACACGCUACUACACACUACUACAAACUACUACAAACUACUACACACUACUACACACUACUACACACUACUACACGCUACUACACACUACUACACACUACUACACACUACUACACACUACUACACACUACUACACACUACUACACACUACUACACACUACUACACACUACUACACACUACUACACACUACUACACACUACUACACACUACUACACACUACUACAAACUACUACACACUACUACACACUACUACAAACUACUAUACACUACUACACACUACUACAAACUACUACACACUACUACACACUACUACAAACUACUAUACACUACUACACACUACUACAAACUACUAUACACUACUACACACUACUACACACUACUACAAACUACUACACACUACUACACACUACUACACACUACUACACACUACUACACUACAUUGAUAACUCACUUCCUUAGAACCGUUUGUUUAGUUUAGCCUGCCGUCCUUCCCCCGCACCUCCGUUGCCGCGGUUGCACGGUAAGCGAGAGCCCGGCGAUGCUUUCAACGUUGGGGUCAUCGCCGAGUCGUAUUCUUGACCUUGGAUACCGUGGGUAAUGGGCGGGGCUAAGUGACACGUGUGUCCUACAGAGCACGGCGCCACCGCUCCAUGCUCUGGCAGAGGUCGCAACCGGGUACCCGAUACCCGUACUCUACCCGGCUACCCGAUACCCGUACCCUACCCGAUACCCGGCUACCCAUACCCGAUACCCGUACCCUACCCGAUACCUGGCUACCCGAUACCCGUACCCUACCCGAUACCCGGCUACCCGAUACCCGUACCCUACCCGAUACCCGGCUACCCGUACCCGAUACCCGUACCCUACCCGGUAGACGUUCGUGAUCCUGGUGCGGCCGGGUACGGGUAUGGGUAGGCCGUGAGUCACUGGUGAGUAACCGUUUGUCACUCAUUUCGGGUAGGGUACGGGUACGGGUAGGGAACGGCUACCCGUACCCGGCCGGGUACGGGUAACCCAUUUGCGACCCUGGUGCGGCCGGGUACGGGUAUGGAAUCAAAACCCGUUUGCGACCUCUGUGCUCUGGUGCCAUCUGGCUAACCGACCCGGCCUCUCUCUCCGUGUGUUUGUCUCGCGUGCAACCGUAGUGGGGGGGGGGGGGGGGUGGAUGGACCAGCCGUGGAUUUUCGGCAGCCGUUGUACAUAGUAGCCAUGGCGGGCGCGUUAAUGAUACGGAAAUGUUAAUGUUGUGAGGAGCGAGCGGCAGAAAGGCGGGCGGACCCCCGGGUUCGAUUCCCGCUCACAGCCCAAACGCCAAGUGACGGUUAUCCGAAACCGGUCCCAGGGCCGCCUCCCCUAGGUCGACUCAGCCUCGAAAGAGUAGCCGGUGCGGUGUGUAAAAUCACCGGGCGUGGUGCUGGCCACCCACCCUACCCCGUGCGCCACAUUGCCGGCCUUCGUAGGCGCUGCUCGCUAACAGCACUUGCUCCCAACAUUUUGUUACAGGCUACACGGCGGAGGGAAGGGGGGGGGGGUAGAUCUUUGUCUUUGUUAAUGAUUCUAGAUUUGAAGCUUUCGUGACUGCAAGGAUU